AUGAAAAAUAAAACAGCCCUUGUACUAUUUUUCGCUCUAAUUUCGUCGUGCUUCGUAGCUCGUGGCAAUGCCAAGAAGCAAAUCGAAGCGCUUUCGCGUAUCUACAGAGAGAAGAUGAAAAGUGAUGGUGGUGAAAUCGACAGAAGCCAUUUUCAUGUCGAUAAAUUUCGAGACGCAAAUUUUGAAGUUGAGACGGCCGAACAAGGGCAGAAAGAGAAAGACGUGAUAGGGAGAUUGCCCGGGCAGCCAGCUGGCAGUAACGUGUCGCAUUACGGUGGAUAUGUGACCGUGAACAAAAAGGCCGGUCGAGCUUUAUACUAUUACUUUGUCGAGGCUCGCAGCUCUCACAACACAUUGCCGCUUCUUCUGUGGCUCAAUGGAGGGCCAGGUUGUUCUUCUCUUGCCUAUGGAGCAAUGCAGGAGCUCGGCCCCUUCCGUGUUCACAGCGACGGCAAAACACUCUACAGAAACAAAUUCGCAUGGAAUCGUGCUGCGAACGUGUUGUUUUUGGAGUCGCCAGCUGGAGUCGGGUUUUCCUACUCGAACACGACUGCUGAUUUCGUGACUGGUGGAGAUAAACGGACGGCCAUCGACAAUUAUGCUUUCUUAUUGAACUGGUUAGACCGAUUUCCAGAAUAUAAAAACAGAGAUUUUUACAUUUCGGGCGAGAGUUAUGCUGGACACUACGUGCCGCAGUUGGCACACACCAUUCUACACCAUAAUCAAAAGGCCAACAAGACUAUUAUCAAUCUCAAAGGCAUAGUUAUUGGAAAUGCUGUGAUCAACGACGAGACGGACACGAAAGGGAUGUACGAUUAUUUCGGAAGUCACGCUUUGAUAUCAGACGACAUUGCGUAUCAAAUCAAGAAAUACUGCGAUUUCUCUCCAAAGGUCACCGAACAAUCGGAUAAAUGCAUUGAAGCUGCUGGUAUAGCAGAUAAGAACGUUGAGAACAUUGAUAUAUACAACAUUUAUGCUCCGUUAUGCUCUAAUCCUACCCUUACCGAUAAGCCCAAGAAGAUUUCAGGAAUGAGCAUUGACCCGUGCAGCGAACAUUACGUGCACGCUUACCUAAAUAGGCCGGAGGUCCAAAAGGCACUUCAUGCGAAUGUCACCAAUAUACCCUAUGACUGGCAACCUUGCAGUGAUGUCAUCAAGAAAUGGCAAGAUAGCCCAUCAACUGUCAUCCCUCUUCUCAAAGAGCUUAUAGCUAAUGGUCUUCGUGUUUGGAUAUUUAGUGGUGAUACAGAUGGGAGGAUACCGGUGACUUCGACGCAACAGUCCCUUCACAAGAUGAAACUUGGCGUUAAAACUCCAUGGUUGGUGGAUAUACACAAGUAUAUGAAGGCAACCUAA